AUGUUAAGGCAUAUAUUUUGUUCACCCGUUAGGCUGAGCCCGUUGCGUGCUACUAUACCACUGCUAUCUUACAGUCCAAGAUUACCCAGAACUCUCGGUUUAAGGGCUCAAAGUAACGUUGCUGCUACCAAAAACUUUGAUGAACAGUUUAUUGUUCCAAAGGAAAUAGUUAAUGAAGCUCCAGGGGUCCGCAUUAACAUUACAGACAGAGCUGCAAAGAGGUUAGGUGAAAUUUACAAGACAAAGCAGAACAUCCUAAGGAUCGUGGUGGAAUCAGGAGGCUGUCAUGGGUUCCAGUAUCUCCUAAAGUUAGAGCCAUAUGAUCAAAAUAAGACCGUUGAGAACGUAAAUCCUCAGGCAGAGGAAGACGACGACUUCGACGAUUUUGAAACAGUGAAGGACGUUAUCUAUGUUCUACCAGAGAAUAAUGGAAUGGUAGUAAUAGAUCAGAAAUCACAGCGGAUACUAAAUAAUACUACUUUGACUUAUACGAAGGAGCUCAUUGGAUCGAUGUUCAAGGUUGUUGGUGGAAACUUAAAAAGCAGCUGCGGGUGCGGCAGCAGUUUCACUCUAGAUAACUGA